CAGUGAACUCAGUCCUCCAUCCAAGGCUGCAGACCUGAAGUGAGGGACUCGCUCUGCGUGGCGGUGCGUGGCGGGUCUGACCUUUCCCACAUAUCUGCAGGUGUGUGCGGGAUGCUCAGGUGGAAACGCUCAUCUGAUGAAAGUCAUUGAUCGGUCAGGCUGUGACGUCACCCAGGCUGCCGCUGCAGAGCAUCAUGGGUAAUAGCGACAGCGUGAUGGUGCAGAAGCGGAUGGCCCGGUUCCGUCCAGAGGAGCGGUCCGUGAUCGACGGCGUGUUCAAGCGUCUGCAGACCGGCGGCCCGGGGAAGACGCUCCAGCUGGAGGCGCUGCAGGCGUCCCUGGGGGCCCUGGUCCCCGUCACCAUGGUGACCAGGAUGUUCUGGGGCCUGUGCAGCAUCGAGCCGGGUCUGGCGGAACCGGGCCGGGCCAGCGCCGCCCUGGGGCCAGACCGGGAGCAGCUGAUGGUCUUCCUGGCAGACGUCCUGCGGGGGACAGCAGAGGAGCGCGCACCGCUGGUCAUGGCCAUGUCCCACAAUGCUGCAGGGUGGCCGCAGGCGGUCAGCUGCCAGCAGGUGGCGGCGUUCCUGGAGGACCUGAUCACUGCUGUAGUUCACAUCCUGACCAGGAGGGGGCGCCUGCAGGGCUGGAGGCCGCAGCAGAUGGGCAACACGGCGAUGGGGGUCAAGCUGCUGGCCGAGCAGAUGACCUCUGACCUCAGACCAUCGGACCCGACGACCUGUGACCUGUCCUGUCUGGAGGACUGGGUCUUCCGGGUGCCCCAGGUGGCCCAGUACCUGGAGGUUCUGGUGGCUGAGGGGCUGGACGUUUCCCUGAGCGGCUGGACAGCGCCGGCCCUGCUGCCGCAGUGCCGGGACACAGACUGGACCCGCCUGACGGUCCUGCUGGAUGUCCCCACGCUCAUGUUCCUGGCUCCACAGCUGCCAGACGGCUGCAGCGCCCCCUGGAGGCUGGUCUUCUCCACGCAGCUGCACGGGGAGAGCUUCACCAGGAUGGCCGCCGCUCUGCAGCACCACGGCCCCACGAUGCUGCUGCUGCGGGACAGCCGGGGCCACGUGUUCGGGGGCUUCGCCUCCACCGCCUGGGAGCACAAGCCCCAGUUCCAGGGUGACUCCAGAUGCUUCCUGUUCUCGGUCUUCCCCACGCUGAGGGUUUACACAGCGACAGGAUACAACGAACACUUCAUGUACCUGAACCAGCACCAGCAGACGAUGCCAAAUGGACUGGGCAUGGGAGGUCAACACGACUACUUCGGCCUGUGGCUGGACAGCGACUUCGGCCGCGGUCACAGCCGCGCGCGCCCCAAAUGCACGACAUACGGAAACCCGCAACUGUCAGCCGACGAGGACUUCGUCCUGGACGCUGUGGAGGUCUGGGCCGUGGGGAAACCGCCAGCACCGGCUGAGGAUGAGGAAGAGGAGGAGGGGAAGAAGAGUAUCCUGACGGUGAAUCCGGAGGUCCAGGCCAUGAUGGAGCUGACGGGGAAGACUCUGCACAGCGAGGGCUUCAGUGAGCUGCAGGAAGACUUUGACUAGACCAUGCGCCACUGCAUGGACAGGAGAUGCUGCGUUCUGCUUCCUCAUCCCAAGAUUGUUGUUCCAGUUGGAGCUUCAGCCCCCUGCAGGCCUCCAGGUUGAACUGCAGCUCAGCCCCUUCCCCACCCGUUACUGGCAGCAGCCCUGUUUGCAUGCAACAGCCCUGACUGUAGAAGAGUUUCUGGAUGUUGAAUAGUUAAUGGUUAGUUUGUGAGAAUCAGAGUCUUAGUUUUGGUGCCCAAAGGGUGCCCCGGGGGCCUUUGUGGCCCUUGAAAUUAUUUUGUGUGGCCCCUGAUCACAAGUCAAAAAAUGUAAAAAAAAUUUGGUUUUCCAAGC